UAAGCUACAAAAGUAGAGCCCAAAAAAUAAAUCUCAAUUGACAAAUUAUUUUCGAUUUGGUCUAAAAAUCGAAUGAAAUCGCUCAAAAUUUCUGGUUCAAGGUGACGUUUAUCGUCACUUCUUUCAUAAAUUUUGUUGAAGUAUUUCAAUUUCACAUGCGCGACUCCGAGUUCGAGUUGUAAAUAUUCAUGUUCAAGUGGUGAAAUGAAUGAUGAAACCUUCACCCUUUUUUAACAGUUAGCUCUCUCAAUCUCUGUGAGUUUGCCGCCAGCGAAAUCGCCGAUGGAUUACAAAACUUUGGACUCCAUUACUGUUAUCGACAUCGAAGCUCUCGGGGUUGCUUCUGAAGUUGCCGAGAAACUCCAUGGACUUCUCAGCGAAAUCAUCCGUAGCCACGGCAAUGGCACGCCUGAGACUUGGCGCCAUAUCUCGAAGCGUGUCCUCAGCCCUGACCUUCCCUUCUCCUUCCACCAGAUGAUGUAUUACGGCUGUUACAAACAUUACGGUCCUGAUCCGCCUGCUUGGAUUCCCGAGCCGGAGAAUGCAGUUUUCACAAAUGUUGGCCAGCUAUUAAAGAGGCGAGGGAAGGAGUUUUUGGGGUCAAAUUAUAGAGACCCCUUAUCGAGCUUCUCCUCUUUCCAGGAGUUUUCAGUCUCAAACCCCGAGGUCUAUUGGAGAACUAUGCUAGACGAGAUGCACAUAACAUUUUCUAAACCUCCACAUUGUAUCUUGCAAAUGAAUGAUUCUACAGAAAGCCAAUUUUCAAGCCCUGGCGGUCAAUGGCUUCCUGGAGCAGUUUUUAAUCCAGCCAAGGAUUGUUUAUCUUUAAACGAGAACAGGAGUCUGGAUGAUGUGGCAAUCAUUUGGCGUGAUGAAGGAUGUGAUAAUCUGCCCGUGAAAAGAUUGACACUUGGAGAACUGCGCACAGAUGUUUGGUUAAUUGCACAUGCUCUCAACUCAAUAGGUUUUGAGAAAGGAACUGCAAUAGCAAUUGACAUGCCAAUGAAUGUAAAUGCUGUGGUCAUCUAUCUUGGUAUAGUUCUGGCUGGUCAUGUGGUUGUCUCCAUAGCUGAUAGUUUUUCUGCACGUGAAAUAUCCACAAGACUCGAUAUAUCAAAAGCAAAAGCUAUAUUUACUCAGGAUCUUAUUAUUCGUGGGGAUAAAAGCAUACCCUUGUACAGUCGAGUCGUAGAUGCUCAGUCACCUAUGGCAAUUGUAAUCCCCAGCAGGAGCACUGGUUUCAGCAGGAAAUUGCGAGAUGAAGAUAUUUCUUGGCAUGCAUUUCUGGAGAGAGUCGAAGAUUUGAGAGGAGUGGAAUUUGCUGCUGUGGAACAAGCAGCCGAAUCAUUUACAAAUAUUCUUUUCUCAUCUGGAACUACAGGAGAGCCAAAAGCAAUUCCAUGGACCCUUGUAACACCUUUGAAAGCUGCAGCCGAUGCAUGGUGCUACAUGGAUAUUCAUAAAGGUGAUGUUGUUGCUUGGCCCACUAAUCUUGGGUGGAUGAUGGGUCCCUGGUUAGUUUAUGCUUCAUUGUUAAACAGCGCUUCAAUGGCAUUAUACAAUGGAUCCCCACUUGGUUCUGGAUUCGUUAAAUUUGUACAGGAUGCUAAAGUAACAAUGCUUGGGGUAAUUCCAAGUAUUGUCCGAUCAUGGAAAAGUACAAACUGCACAUCUGGUUAUGAUUGGUCUUCCAUUCGUUGUUUUGCCUCCACUGGUGAAGCAUCUAACGUAGAUGAAAACCUGUGGCUAAUGGGAAGAGCUUGCUAUAAGCCUGUCAUUGAAAUUUGUGGUGGGACAGAGAUUGGUGGUGGAUUUAUUACAGGGUCACUGUUACAGCCUCAGGCAUUGGCUGCUUUUAGCACACCAGCUAUGGGGUGCAGUCUUUUUAUUCUCGGCAAUGAUGGUUUUCCUAUUCCACAAAAUAUGCCAGGAAUCGGUGAAUUGGCACUCGGACCUUUCCUGUUUGGAGCUUCGAGUACUCUCUUGAAUGCGGACCAUUAUGAUAUCUAUUUUAAGGGAAUGCCCCAUUGGAAUGGAAUGGUACUGAGAAGGCAUGGGGAUGUGUUUGAACGUUCUCCUCGAGGAUAUUAUCGAGCACAUGGCCGUGCAGAUGAUGCAAUGAAUCUUGGAGGCAUUAAGGUGAGUUCGGUUGAGAUUGAGCGCAUCUGCAAUACAAUUGAUGACAGCAUCCUUGAAACAGCUGCCAUCGGGGUACCGCCACUUGGCGGUGGCCCCGAACAGUUGGUGAUAGCAGUCGUGUUAAAGAAUCCUGGUGAAACUAGCCCAGAUUUAGAUAAGUUAAAGCUGUGUUUCAAUUCAUCUCUGCAGAAGAACCUCAAUCCAUUAUUCAGGGUCCAUCGUGUGGUUCCAUAUCCUUCCCUUCCAAGGACUGCAACAAAUAAGGUUAUGCGAAGGAUAUUGAGACAGCAACUUGCAGUUGAACGUAGAACAAAGCUCUGAAUUGCAGAUCUUCCUAGGCCGGUUUAUGAGUUAGCAAAAUAAGAUGACAGCAACUCUCGAGUCUCUUCUCAUGCAAAUUAGGCUCCUUAAUAAAUAAUUUAAAUUUUAGGUUUUAAGAACUUGUUUGGUAACGCUUCGGGCCCGAAGCGUGAAGAUGAUAUCUUCAAAAGUGUCAUGUUAUCGGGAAUUCGAGACCCCGUUCCUUUCUCCUACACUCCCAUCAAUAAUACUGGCCGUCCAGCAAAUGUAGAGUCUCUUGCUGACUUUCAUCGUGACUUCAUUCUAUAUCGGAAACCAAGUUUGAAGUUAGGUUGAUGAAUUUUCCCCUCUACAUUUCGAGUUGA